AUGUCCUCUGUUUUCUCAUCACUUGUUGCUAAUGGAGACCCUUUAGUUCCCGCCCUUUGCAUUUUCGGCGAUUCUGUGGUCGAUGUGGGAAAUAACAACGGCCUACAAACGCUCAUCAAAGCAAAUUUUCCACCUUAUGGAAGAGACUUCAUCACCCACAAACCCACCGGAAGGUUCUGCAACGGCAAGCUCGCCACCGAUUUCACCGCCGAGUAUCUGGGGUUCGACUCAUACCCGCCGGCGUACCUCACCGGAGACGCCAAAGGAAGAAAUAUUCUCACCGGAGCUAACUUCGCUUCGGCUGCUUCCGGAUAUCACGACAGCACGCCACAAUUAUAUAGGGCUCUGUCAUUGCCACAGCAGCUAAGAUACUACAAAGACUGGCAAAACAAAGUGGUGAAUUUGGUGGGAAGGGCUAAAGCUAACACCAUAUUCUCAUCAGGAAUCCAUCUUAUAAGUGCCGGGAGUAGCGAUUUUAUCCAGAAUUAUUACAUCAAUCCUAUUCUCAACCUAGCUUACAAUCCGGACCAAUUUUCAGACAUCCUCAUGAUAUAUUACUCUUCUUUGAUUCAGAAUCUAUACAAUCUUGGAGUUAGAAGAAUUGGUGUCACUACUCUGCCACCGACUGGUUGCUUGCCGGCUGCCAUCACAUUGUUCGGUUCCGGAAGUAAUCAGUGUGUGGCUCGACUCAACCGAGACGCUGUUUCUUUUAACAACAAACUGAAUACGACUUCUCAGAUUUUGAAGACUAAUCAUACAGGACUUAAACUUGUGGUUUUCGAUAUAUACCAUCCUCUCUUGGAUUUGAUCUUGAAGCCUAGUGAUAACGGAUUUUUCGAGUCGAGGAGGGCUUGCUGUGGGACGGGCACAAUCGAGACAUCGUAUUUGUGCAAUGAAAGAUCGGUGGGAACGUGUUCGAACGCGACAGAGUACGUUUUUUGGGACGGUUUUCACCCUUCGGAAUCUGCUAAUGAGAAAUUGGCACAAAGUCUGCUUGAGCAGGGGUUUGAUCUCAUAUCUUAG